AUGGCGGAGGUCCGGAACAGUUCCUUGCUGGAGGUAGUGGGGCACCUGAUGGCCCGGCUCCCGCGAACUUCUGCACCCCGAAAGUUGCUGAGACGUUUGAAGAAGCUGUCAGGGUUACCUCUCACACUGGAGAUUCUCACAUGGACUGGGCUAGGGAAAACCGUGAGUGCCUUACAAAAAUAUGAACGAGUUGCAAUUUUCGCCAGAGGCCUACUAGACCGUUGGAAGAAACUUGGCCCUGUGAUUGAACCUGAGGCUAAUAAGCCCACUAACCAUCACUCCAGAAAACGGACCCAUGAUGGGUUACUUAAGCAAAGGAAGGUAGAGGGGGAUGGUCGGAAACGCAGGAAGACCUCCCGUGACCCGUCACUAAGCAGGUUGGAGGGCCAGAGAAAUAAGUACCCCAAACUCGAUAAAAAUGUCAAAGUGUCACUCCAGAAGGAGACACAAGAGCGGGCAAAGGGUGGAGGAGAGGAUUUAAAAGAAGGAAGGGGGAAAGAGAGAUGCAAGAAGAAAGAGGUCACGGGAAAAGAGGAGACGCAGGAGACGCAGAAGCCGCCGGAGGCAAGGGAGAAAGGGGUGGCAAGAGCAAAAGGAGAAUCAAGAGAAGGGGCGAAAGGAGGGAAAGUGGGGACACCAAGAAAGGGGGAGACAAGAGAAGUGAGGACAGGAGGAAAGGGAAUGAUGGGAGAAAAAGGGACAAGAGGAAAGGUGGAAACCAAAAAAGUGGUGACAAAGGAGGAUAGAAAAAUGGACAAAAAAGAGGGGAAGAUAAGAAAUGGCAAGAGAUCUGGGAACCAUUUUUCACUGUUGCCUUCUACAGAUUGUGAAUUUUCAGACAAGUGUCAUGUUCUGUUGUCCCAGACUUUUGCCAACCCUCAACAGGUAUUCAUGGACUAUGACAACCCCCAAGAAAACAAGGCAGAUGAGCACAACCAGGUCAUUAAAGACCAAGAGAGAGACAAUCCAAAGAGGUAUCUUGUGAAACCUGAGAUGAAAAUGGCUGCCCAGCCUCAUCAUCAGAGUAAAGGUCACAAGUCUUCUCCUGGCAAGGUGAAUGACAAGGAGAAAGGGAGGAGCUUUGAACUGAGCCUAAAAAAGCUCCCUGAGGGCUCAGGCCCAUCCUCUAGAAUCAGCCCCAAAGAGAAACAGGCAGUGCCUCUUGCUGCCAAGAGAAAGAAAAAACCAGGGGACAGCAGUGACAAGAAGAAAUCUGUGCCCCCCUCAGAGAUGGCCAUUAAGCCACAAGCCAUUAAGAACUCCAAAGUUAAGGGUGCCCUGAAAACCAAAGUGGAGAAGUCCAUGCUAAGUGGAGACAGCUUGCAUGGGGAGACCCAGAAGGGAGAAUUCCCCCCAGAAAAGAAAAGCAAAGCCUUCAAAGCCAACAAAGCGCCCUUCCCAAUUCAAGAAGAGUCUGAGGAGGAGGAUGGCUUUGAAAAGCACAAGAUGUCUUUUGAAUCAUACCUUCUCUACGACCAGCCCAAGAAGAAAAAGGUUAAGACUCCUGCUUCUUUCAGCAAAAAGGAGGGCCACCCUAAGCUAAAAAGUGUCAAGCCUUACAUUAAAACCCACAGCACAGUUCCAGAACCCCCCACGGAGAAGUCUAGACAGCCAAAUAACUACCAGGCCGGAACGAGUUCAGCCAAUGCCUCAAAAGACUCUGAUGUGAUUCAGGCAUUAUCAGCCCCUGCCUCCUGCUCAAGUUCCAUUUGUGAGACUGUUUUUUCAGUGCCCACUGAACAAAAUCCACUUUCUUCUGGUGAACUGACUCCUCCUGCCUUGCCCGAGAAAAGGCAGGUAGCCUCCACCCUACCAGAGAACCAAGAUGCUCAAUUACCUCCAACCAGAGUGAAUUCUGAACCGAGAUUAUACUCAGGCCCCAGAAACAAGUGUCCUCCAAAAAUGUGUUCUCUCUACGAACAAUGCAUUAAAGUCCUUGGGAAGAAUCUAGACUUAAUCUAUGAAGUUGGACAAGUUCCUUAUGAUUUACUUAGACCCGUUCUGGAGAGAUGUUCUCCUAAGGAGCUCUAUAGAAUCGAAGAGUACAAUCCCACUUUCCUUGAGGACUCGGAUAGCUUGUGGAAAAUUCAUUGCUCUCGAGACUUUAGGAACGAACAGCCAGAAGAAUUUGAAUCCUGGCGGGAGAUGUACCUCCGGCUCCAUGAUGCUCAGGAACAGCGGCUGCGCCACUUGACUCAGUCAAUCCAGUUAGCUCAAGCCCAAAGACCCAAAGUUCGUCAGGCCAAGAUGAUUUUCAUUAGCCCAGUGUCCAAGUCUCCAAACGAUGUUCUAGGACUACGGAGGUCCGGAGUGAGAGGAGCAAUGGUUCUCCAAAAUCCCAGUGUCAAGGCUAUCCAGCAUAAAGCUUCCGACUCUGCUAACGACUGUGCCCAAGCCAAGAAUGCAUCCAAUGGCCCAAGUAUGAUCGCCGGCCACUCAGCCCAGUUGAUCAGCAGUGCAAACCCUGAUAAUUCUACAAAAGCAGCUGUGAAAAAUGUUGGUUUGGUGGUGGCCAAGUCUUUCAAGACUUCCCAAAACAGAUUUGCACAGCCAUAA